AUGUGUCAAUAUUCGAUUGAUGAUUAUGAUCCUCUUCAGUUAUCAUUGAAUGAAAUCAUUUAUCAAUUUUAUUCGCACCAAUAUGAACCGACUACAUUUACAUGUUACGUCCAUUUACAAUGUGAUCGUGGUCCAACUCCGUCCUGUCUUGACUGGAGUGAAAUUUGUGAUGGAAAAAUCGAUUGUAUGGAUGGAGGACGUGAUGAAGAAUACUGCUGGCAACUUGAAAUCAAUGAUUGUGAAAAUAAUGAAUAUCGAUGUAAUAAUGGACAAUGUAUACCCUAUGAAUUCUUUCGUGAUGAUUCUCUUAUUCCUGAUUGUCUUGAUAGAUCCGACGAAGUUUCAACAUUUAAUGAUAAACGUGCCGACUGCCAUAAAAGCGAACCAACAUUUGCAUGCGAAGAUGUUGUAUGUACGACGAAUCUUCAAUAUUUUAAUAGUCCUUUAACGAGCUCAUGUGUGAAACAACGUACUGUUAUUCAAAGAAUAUUCUAUCCAUCAACAACAAUUGUUAGAAAAAUCAAUUCAUCGAAUCGUUGUGAACACAUAAACGGACUGUUUAAUGAAACAAUCAUCAAAUUACAUCUUCUUCGUCGUAUCAAAUAUUAUCAUGUUCCAUGUCAACGACAUUCACCAAAGUUAUCUUGUUUUUAUGAUGAUAUUCAUCUUUGUUUAUGCAAUAAUCAUGGUUCACAUCGUGUGGCUAACUGUUUUGAAUUUGAUCAUCAUAUGAAAAGUGAUUGUCUUGGUCGCAGUGGUUGUGAAAAUGGAGCUCAGUGCUUUCAAGAUAGUUCAACUUGUGCACAAACAUCGAUUUGUGUGUGCCCAGCUUGUUUCUAUGGAGUACGAUGUCAAUUUAGUACCAGUGGCUUUGGUCUUUCACUCGAUACCAUUUUGGGUUAUCACAUUAUACCACAUCGCAGCAUCCUACAUCAGUCAUAUGCUGUACAAAUCAGUGCAGUUUUGACUGUUAUCAUGGUUAUAGUAGGACUGAUCAAUGGUGUUCUCACUUUGAUCACUUUUCAAAGUAAGAAAUUACGUGCAGUCGGUUGUGGUUCGUAUCUGAUAGGAUCAUCGAUCACUACUCUACUGACAAUGACUCUGUUUGGUAUCAAAUUUUGGAUACUUGUGAGUUCACAAAUGGCACUGACAAUCAAUCGAUUCUUCUUAUAUAUACAAUGUCUAUUGAUCGACUUUCUUCUGUGCAUUUGUCUCAGUAUGGAUCAAUGGUUAAAUGCAUGUGUGACUGCCGAGCGCGCAACAACUGCUUUAAGCAAAGUUAAAUUUGACAAGAAAAAGAGCAAGAAAGUAGCUAAAUAUGUGAUUAUUGCUCUUCUUGUUUUGACAAUAAGUACAGCUAUUCAUGAUCCUAUUCACCGACGCCUUUUUGACGAUGGGGAUGGUGAAGUCAAACGGAUAUGGUGUAUUGUGACUUACAAGUCCAGCUUUCAACUCUUCAAUUCGGUUAGUUAUCUCUUUCACUUUUCUAUUCCACUUUUCAUCAAUCUAAUCUCGGCUCUAAUCAUCUUGAGAUCAAAUGCUAGACAAAGAGCUAUCGUUCAACCUCAUCAUACUUAUCAACAGUUGUUGCGUCUACAAUUUCAACAACACAAUCGUCUGAUUAUAGCUCCGUUUGUCUUGGUCAUUCUUGCUGUUCCACGUGUGAUUCUUUCUUUUGUUUCUGGUUGUAUGAAAUCAGCUCAUGAUUCAUGGUUAUUCCUUAUCGGAUAUUUUGUUUCAUUCAUCCCACCGAUGGUCACAUUUUUAGUUUUCAUUUUACCGUCAAAAUUAUAUAAAGAAGAGUUUUGCAAGAUUGUCAAGCGUUACUGGAGGAUGAUAUAAAUGUGUUCUAUAUCUCGUUAU